CUUCUCAUGAAAGAACGCCGUGCUGUUAAGCUGUCAUCAUGGGUCGCGUCAGGACGAAAACCGUCAAGAAAGCAGCUCGCAUGAUCAUUGAAAAAUACUACACAAAGCUGACUUUGGAUUUUGAUACCAACAAGAGAAUAUGUGAAGAAAUCGCAAUUAUACCUACCAAACCACUGAGGAAUAAGAUCGCUGGGUUCGUGACCCACCUGAUGAAGCGCCUCCGUCACUCGCAGGUACGCGGCAUCUCGAUCAAGCUGCAGGAGGAAGAGAGAGAGCGCAGAGACAACUACGUGCCAGAGGUGUCGGCUCUCGAGCAGGAUGUCAUCGAAGUGGACGCGGAGACCAAGGACAUGUUGAAGAUGAUGGAUUUCCAAAACAUCAAUGGGCUUCAGCUGACACAGACACAGUUUGGCAGACGUCCAUAGGUUUUUCACUGUUAUUUUU